GUGAUGGCGGACUAAGAUGGCGACUUCGCUGUAUCAAUUUAUUUUGAGGCGAUUAUGAAGGCUAAAAUGUAACAAUUAGAUUAGAGGAUAGUCCUUCGGUGAAGUAUGAACAUGCCAAUGCAAUUAUGCAGGCAAAGAAGGGCUGUUACGAGUGAACUUUUUGUCAAGACGUCAUGCUUAAAGGGUGGUAGAUGUCUGUCCUCUUGUUCUGCUGCAAGAACGCGAAGAACGGAGUACAACUUUUCAAGCAAGGCCUUUCGACGUGAAAUACCUCAGAACUACAUGUACAAUGGCAGCAUAUUUCAUCGAUUUUGGAGACCCUGCACUCAGUCAACAAGCCAUGGAAUUUCCAAAAAGGACUCAAAUAUUGACAUGUCAGAGUUUCCUGUGUCAAGAAUUAAAAACUUCAGUAUCAUUGCUCAUAUUGACCAUGGAAAAAGCACCCUGGCUGAUAGACUGCUUGAAAUGACAGGUACAAUAUCAAGAGACAGUGACAACAAGCAAGUGCUUGACAAACUUCAAGUGGAAAGGGAAAGAGGAAUAACAGUCAAGGCACAGACUGCGUCACUGUUUUAUAAUGAUCAUGAAGGAGAAACUUAUUUAUUAAACCUUAUUGAUACACCAGGCCAUGUGGAUUUUAGCUAUGAAGUUUCCAGGUCCCUGGCUGCUUGUCAGGGUGUUAUUUUACUCGUCGACUCAGCACAGGGUGUUCAAGCUCAGACAGUGUCCAACUUUUUUCUGGCCUUUGAUAAGGAUUUACACAUCAUACCAGUACUGAACAAGAUUGACCUGAAGAGUGCUGAUCCUGAUGGUGUUUCAAGCCAAAUGGAAAAACUGUUUGAUAUCAAAAAUAAUGAUAUUUUAAGGAUCUCUGCAAAAACAGGUAGUGGAGUUGAAAAUAUCCUAAAAACCAUUGUUGAGAAACUUCCUGGCCCUCAGGGUGACCCUGGAGCACCACUGAAAGCCCUGUUAUUUGACUCUUGGUAUGAUCAUUAUAGAGGAGUGAUCUGUCUUGUUGCUAUUUUGGAUGGAUCACUGAAAAAAGGAGAUGAAGUUAUGUCUGCUUACACUCAGCAGAAGUACGAGGUGUUGGAUGUUGGGAUUAUGCACCCUGGAGAAGUCUCCACUGGUGCACUAUUUGCUGGCCAAGUUGGCUUUGUAGCCUGUGGAAUAAGGAACAGUAAAGAUGCUCAGAUCGGGGACACUUUCUUCCAUCCUCAUGCUCCUGUGGAACCCCUGAAGGGAUUCAAACCCAUGAGUCCUAUGGUGUUUGCUGGCGUGUACCCUGUCGACCAAUCAGAGCAUCUCUAUUUAAGAUCUGCUAUUGAAAAGCUCACGCUAAAUGAUUCCAGUGUUUCUGUUAACCCUGACAGCUGCCUUGCCCUAGGCCAAGGAUGGCGGCUUGGUUUCCUCGGUUUGUUACAUAUGGAUGUUUUUAAACAACGACUGGAACAGGAAUACGGUGCAUCUAUCAUUAUUACUUCUCCAAAUGUUCCUUACAAAGCAAUUUUGAAAAGUGAUGAGACUGAAGUAGAAGUUUUGAAUCCUUUGGAGCUUCCAGAUCCCUCUCGGGUGCAGCUGUAUAUGGAGCCUUAUGUACUGGGCACGAUUGUGUUUCCUGAGGAGUGUAUGGGUAAAAUGCUAAGUCUUUGCGAGAGCAGGCGUGGUGAACAACAAGAGGUGGUGUACCUCGACGAGUCACGUGUCAUGCUAAAAUACUUGUUACCGCUGAACGAAGUCAUUGUGGACUUCUACGACGAACUCAAAACCCAAUCAUCUGGUUAUGCAAGUUUCGAUUACGAAGAUGAAGGAUAUAGGGAAACCAGCAUUGUACGGAUGGAUAUUCUAAUAAACGGCACAGCUGUGGAUGCGUUGAGUUGUAUAGUGCACGUAGACAAGGCAUUGCAGUCAGGACGAACCAUGUGUGCUAAACUAAAGGACGUUAUUCCAAGGCAGCUAUUUGAAGUAGUGAUCCAAGCUUCAAUCAGAGGAAAAAUCACAGCCAGAGAAACUAUUAAACCUGUCAGGAAGGACGUCACGGCAAAAUGCUAUGGUGGUGAUGUCACGCGCAAGAUGAAACUUCUUCAGAAGCAGAAAGAAGGGAAAAAGAAAAUGAAGAGGAUAGGAAAAGUAGAUGUUCCUCACGAAGCCUUCCUUACGGUUCUAAAAAGAUGACACUAGUAUAAAUGCACGUAUUUUUAAACUCGUUCCUUCCUUGCUCCCGUCGAGGGACACCUAAGAUUCUAGACUGAUGACGUACCUGAUUGACCCUUACGAAGAAUGUAAUUGGUUGUUUCUUGCGCGAGACGAUAGGCCAUUAUUACAGUUGUGUGCCUAGUUACCUGGCCUAUGAAUGCAAGCGAGGCUGGAGGGUAGUUAGUAUAAGAACAAGUUGAUUUACACAACAAAAGCAGUGAGGUCUGU